AAAGAAAACUCUUUGUCCGCGGCAAUAAAUUCGGCCGAAACGCGCUUGUCCAGCCUGGGCGUUGAAACUGAGUAUGCUAGGCAAUCUCUUGAAGAGGCCAAAGCCACAGAGCAGCGUCUAGCAGGGGAACAGCUUCGCCUCGAGGAACGAAUCGCUGCGAGCAGGGUUGAGUUGGAGCGAAUACACUCUGCUUUCCAAGGGUAUUCUCAUCCGGGCAUGAGUGGACUGAAGUUUCGACUUCGCCCAGAGGCGAGCGAAAAGGCCGAUUCUCGUGUGACCGAACAGCGCCGUGUACUGGCGGGUCUCAGUGAAGAAUUGUCUCGUAUCACAGAUUCAGUUUCACAAGCCCGACUCGCGGCCCAACAGGCUCAGGUUGAACAGGCCAAGGCAGAGCAGAGUUUGCUUAGUUUGCACGGCCAGACUAAAUCAGCCGAAAGCGAGCGGAGCCGAGUCCAUGAGGAAUUUUGCCCUGUAGAUCAGCUCUACCUGUAUCUAGAACAUUGGACAUUGUAA